AUGUCCUUCUUUGGACCAAGAAGUACCUCCCUGGGAAUGGGCGCCUCUUCAUCGUCUACUUCAAAUACCCAACAACAACAGUCUCCUGUCGUCUCCCCUCAAAGUGAAACCUCCGGUGAUACCACUCUCUCAAAUGGUCCUGAAGAUAGCGUCUCAGAUUUGGCCUUUUCUCCAACUGCUGAUAUCCUUUCAGUCGCAUCAUGGGAUAAUAAAGUCCGACUUUAUGAAGUAGUCAAUGGAGUAGGCCAAGGCCGUGCAAUCUAUGACCAUCAAGCUCCCGUUCUAUCUACCCAUUGGGCCCCUGAUGGCUCUAAAGUAGCAAGUGGAGGAUGUGAUAAUACAGUCAGAGUAUAUGACCUAGCCGCAGGCCAAGCCACUCAAGUGGGUUCCCAUGAUGCCCCAGUAAAAGCUGUCCGUUUUGUUACAGUCCCUGGUGCAAAUAACGGCUCUUCAAUCCUAGCAUCUGCAAGUUGGGAUAAAACUCUUAAAUACUGGGACUUACGAUCUUCCCAACCAAUCGCUACUGUCACCCUCCCAGAUCGUGCUUACUCAAUGGACUCGGCAAAAACCCUCCUAGUGGUUGCCACUGCUGAACGCCAUGUUGUUACUAUCGACCUUAACAACCCACAAACUAUCUUUAAAAGAUCAGAAUCUGUUCUUAAAUGGCAGACCCGUUGUGUUGCAUGUUUCCCACAAGGUGAUGGUUAUGCCCUAGGUUCCAUUGAAGGUCGCUGUAGUAUCCAAUACAUGGACCCUCGUGUUCAUGCCCAAAAGGGCUUCACUUUUAAAUGUCACCGUAAAGCUGUCACUAGUCCACGCUCAGAGAGUUUAGUCUAUUCUGUCAAUUCGGUCUCAAUCCAUCCUGGUUAUGGCACUCUUGCCACCGCUGGCGCUGACGGGUGCUUCAAUUUUUGGGAUAUGGAAAACCGGUACCGCCGUAUGUCGUCGCCAGACAAUGGCGGGCCCAUCGUCGCGACGGCUUUUAACGCAUCCGGAUCAGUUUUUGCAUAUGCUAUUAGCUACGAUUGGAGUAAAGGUUAUACCCAAGCUGGUCAGUACCCUAACAUGAUUAAGUUUCAUGCAGUUCUAGAAGAUCAAGUCAAGCCCAAGCCAAGGAUUAAACGGUAA